UCUUCCAUGAACCAUGAAAAGCGUUCAUUCUAUCAUUAUGUAGCACAUCCACAACUGCAGCCAUUCAGCCAAGCAUAGCAGUGCAGUUUGAGAGAGCUCCGUCACACUUAUUUUGCUUCCUCUUUGCCAUCAACACUCUAUCACCCACAAAACACUUCUCUCUUUUCUCACUCUAAAGCUGGCGACCAUUGAUCCAAGAAUAAUGGAGUUAUCACUGAUGGCAGAACAGCAUUUUCCGGUUGUGGGCGGGGCCUUCAUGGAUUCUCCAUACAAUGGCAACACGUCCCUGCAGACGUCCACCUCCAACCUCAACGCUGGCUACUCUCGACCCUCAGAAGCAGAGGAUGAUGGGAAAGUAUCCAGUGAUACCAUUUGGCUGUGGAUCGCUGUGCUCGCCACCAUCGGCAACAUUGUUGUGGUGGCGGUGGUUUGUGCCUGUGCCUUCUGACGACAUCGAAGAGUGGAACAAAAAUACUGCUGGUGCCGGAUACUGGAGAACCAUGUACAUCCUAAACAUAUAUAUUUUUCUUCAGAAAUUCUAAAAAAGAGCCUUAUUUAUAGACUGAUGACCAAGGACUUGUAAAAUGUCAGCAGUUGUUUUUAAAGGGAAUUUGCAUGGGAUUCCUUUAUCUACCAUUUGACAUUUUUAACAAAACUGACUUAGAAAUAACUCUACUAGCAAAGCAGUAUUAAUUGCUAUUCCAGAUGCAGCUACAUUAAAGGGUUUAUGCAUUAUACAUAAAUAAAACAGAUGGAGAACUGACCAAACUCAGAUGUAAAUUGCUUAUUGCACAUUAUAACGUUUUACUAAAAAAGCAACACAAAUAUUCACCAGUUUAGAAGAACCAAAUCCAACCUGCAAAUUACCUUGAAACACAUGACAAUCCUGCUAGAAAUACUGUAUCAUCGCAUCUUGUGUGAGUUUAAUUUACAGUGUGCUUCCCUUUUUCUUUAACCUGUCUGGAGAUUUCAUUAACAAACUUUUCCAUCACACACAGACAGAAGCUGUAGAAGCCAGAGUAGUUUUUAGAUAACUUAUCAAUAAUUAUUUUAUAAUUAAAUGGAUUAAUAAUUCAAGACAAUUACAUUUUUAUUCAGCGUUUAUUCUUUUUAAGCAGUAACACUCAGACCACAGGGGCUAAUUUAAAAUGAGCUUGUCCUCCGGUAUGAACCCACUGCAGGUCUAAAAUGGGUCACUGGAGAGUUUAUUUUAGCCGUCGUAUGAAAAGAUUAUUAAAAUUGUUUCACUGGUCCCCCAGCAAAAAUACAGAAUUCAUUCUUUUUGGACUCAAGGCAAAACAAAAAAACUCUGUGGCCUUGACAUAGUAGUUCUAUGCUUCCCAGUGGUCAGCUGAUUAUGCAAAAGCCAAGCUGGUAUUACGUAAACCCCUUCAGCCCUGGUUACACCACAGGCUCCGCAGAGGUCAGCAUCAGAGCUACAAGGAUUAGGUAAGAUCACAGCCUGAUCUCUUUGUGGGAUCAGAAGCCAGAAAGUGAUCCUGUGUUGAAUGACAGUAAGAUUUAAUGCAAAGUGGGGCCAGAGAUUUGAUCCCUGACAGCCAGAGUCCUAAUGAUCCUUGAUCUAUAGCAGUGAACUCCCAUCUGUGUUCACUUUGAGAUUAUUUCUUCCCAUGCUAUUUUUUUUCUUGUUGGUUCUUUCAUCUUAGAACCUACUUGAAUUAAAAGGCCAAAAAUACCCGUUAAAAUGGUCCCUCAUCAUGACUAUUCAACUUUUUUCUUUUUUUUUUCCCCAUUUCUAACUUAGUUGAUGCCUCAGCAAAUUCUAGUCUUCCAGUGUCUGCAAAUAUAAUAGGUAAUUUAAAAACUCCACUUCAUCUGACACGCAUGUCUUGCCCUGGAAGAAAUGUUUGCACCCUUGAAACGCCCAGAGGAAACAAACCCCAUUUAAAAAAAAAAAAAAAAAGAAAAAAAAAAAGGCAAGGCUGGGCAAGGAUUGAGCAGUGAUUUGUUGAAAUUUAACAAGCAGGGGAGGUCACGCAGGGGCAUCACUUCCAGUCAGGGAUACUUUUUCCACAUUGUAAGAAUAAAUACCUCAUUAAAAAGUGGAGUUCCAUUUGCUUUCAUCUUCCCUCAAAUCACUGGGAGAUUGUUAUGACUUGGAGACCUCAUGAAGCUGAUAGGGAGGAGGCAAAUGUGUUUAACAGGAUAAGGACAUACAGUGGUGUGUGACGGAAAAGAGGCUGUAUGAGGUCAGAAGAGGAGAAGAAAGUAAAGAAAAGACUACAGACUCGAGGUGCUACAUGUGUCGUUUCAUUGCAGGAAAACAGAAAUUAAACCUUUGUGGACAUUCAUAAAACCUUUAAGUGUAUAUAACAUUUUACAACUCUAUUAGUAGUCCUAGGAUGCCGUUCUUUAAGCGUAGAUGAACUUAAUACAUUUUUCUUCAUUAUGUGGAUUCAGCUCAGUCUAUUCAGAGUGGAACAGGAAGUCAGGUUCUCCUACUGCACAUGUGCGUUUCUACACAUGCAUGCGUUUGCACAUGCAUGUGUCACUAACUCUCAGUUCAUCUCAUCUGUGUGAAAUACGUCAUCGUGCUGUCACUCCUCUGCAGAGUAAUGAGCUGUAACACGCCUCUCAUUUCCCAUCCGGAGCUUCCGACCGUUUUUUUUUUUUUUUUUCCUUCUUUUACUAGAUGUCCCAGAGGGAAGUGUAUCCCCGUUGGCUACUGGAGCAGUCAGAGCGGAUUGGAUCUUUGUGGUUGACUUAGAAUUAACUUUAGCCAUCAAACACAAAGAUAAAUCCUAAAGGCAUAGACAGAAAAAAAAAAGGAAUUUACAUCAUUAGUCAUCAGGGAAGAGGGGUAAUGAGUGACACAUAUGAGGAAAAAAUAUAAAAGAGGAAGAGGAAGAGGCAGAGAGGAGAUGAGUAUCCUUAGUAGUACUGUUACUUAACACAAUGACAGAGAAAACCAAUGUACAGGAGAUGACAAGAGAGAUGGAACAUGAGUUAGAGGGACCAGAGAGGAAAAGAAUCACAAAACAGGAGGGAAAUUUAAGACUACUGAUGUAACAUCAGGAAUAGAGGAUUAAUUAGUCAUCGCUUUUUCCACAGAUGUCAGAAAGUUAAAAUGUCUGGAGGAGAUAUGCUUAAACAGAACAUAGAGAUGGGGAAAAAAAUGAGGUAUUUGUAGGCAGAUAUUAAAAGACGUACAUUCCUAAACCAUAACAAUGACUUGAUUUCUUAUUGUUGUUUGUUACAAGGGAGAAUUAGGACCAUGAUAAUAAAUAAAAAAUAUAAAACUUCAAGAAGAAAUCAGAGAAAAGAGAAUAUAGUUGUAUAUAACUUUUUUUUAUGAGAUCAAUCUGUAAAAAUCUUUCCAACUUUACCGAAGUACUUUGUUAGUUAUAAAACAUGAACCAACACUGAGGUAUAAUUUAAGUAGCUCCAUUACAUUUCUCAUUUUAAUGCAAGUAACAGACAGAUCAUCAAAUGUUUACCCUUCUUUAUGGGGCUUUUCUCAUGAAAUUAUGACUUUUUCUUGAAAUAUUAUGACUAUUCUCAGAUAAUUAUGUCUGUUUUCUCAAAAACCUAUAAUGUCAUACUUGUAACACACUUGAAAAAACAAAGAAAGAAAAGAAUAUAACUUUAUUCUCUUAAAAUGAUGUUUUUUUUUAAUAUGUGGCCCUGAUUCUCCUUUGUAGUUCCUUGCAGUUACAUUUGUUAUACUUUGAACAAUCUAAAAUGCGAUGUUAUGGCUCAGAGACAAUACUGCAAUAUAAUUGUUAUUUUUGAUUAUUUGUUGUGUACAACAUAUCAAAAAUCCAACACUGAUCACACAUCAUUCAUGUGAUGUAGUGUGUUUUUUGGAUCUUCAUGUGGUCAGUUGAGGCUCAGGUGUCCAUUAUUUAACAGGUGUCCCUCUCUGAUGUCAUUCCUACCAUCCAAUCAGCAGCCAGUUUCUGUCGGAGUGUGGACUUGUAAACCAAUAGAACAUCCUCACUGUGUUUGUGACUCUAAAACUCUAUGGACUUCAUGAAGAAGAAGGCAUGUAAACUUUGGAGAGGACAAUCUGUCCAAACCUCCUCCCAGAUACUGUAUAAAACCCUUUGUUCCACCAAAACCUGUCACAUGGAGGUGAAGGAUGACGCCUCCAUCCGGCACCUGUUACAAAACCAACACCGUUCCAACAGGAGGUGAGACGUAAGGCAGGCUUUGCUGAUGUGGAAAGACUUCAUGUUUAUCAUUUUGGCUCUUCCAUUAACUUAUUGUUGUUACAAAAAUAAAAGUGGAGGUUGAACUU